UGUCAUCGUCAGCUGGUAGUGUGUAACAUACGUUUGUUUAGGCGCGAAAUCUUAUCUUACACUAUUUUAUCAUUAAUGCAAAACAUUUCAUUUUACUAAGUUUUUAGCUAUUCAAUUUGAAUUACAAUGCUAAAUAUGUCUACCGAGCGGCAAAUAAAGCUCAUAAGAAAAUAUUUGAAGGUGAAAAUAUUGGAAGAUUAUGUUAAAUUUAGAGGACAUGAGAAAGAAAGCAAACACGUAUACGAUUUGAUAAUGAAAUCGAUUGUGCAGGGAGAAUCUCACUCUGCUUUGAUAAUUGGACCGAGAGGUUGUGGUAAAACAACGCUCAUUAACUCAGUACUUCACCAAGUUUCCAAUGAGGUUGACAUGGAAAAUGAUGUUAUUGUUGUCAAACUGAAUGGAUUGCUGCAUCAAGAUGAUAAAGUAGCUCUCAAGUCUAUAACAGCACAGAUGAAACUAGAGAAUGCUGUAGGAGACAGAGUAUUCGGCACCUUCGCUGAGAACCUCAACUUCCUCCUCAGUUGCCUGAUCUCCGGAGUGGAUAGGAAAUGCCGAUCAAUGAUAUUCAUACUGGAGGAGUUUGAUAUGUUCUGUCACACGGGAAAGACACAAACGUUGUUGUAUAAUCUGUUCGAUAUAACUCAUAAUAAGCAGGCGCCUAUGUGUGUAUUGGGCAUCACGAAUCGUCUAGACGUAAUGGAAAUGCUGGAGAAACGUGUGAAGUCGAGGUUCUCUCACCGUCACAUAUUUAUAUUUCCGAACGAAUCGACCCAACCGUUGGAGAAUAUAAAACAGAUAUUUGUAGAGUGCCUGAGCGUUUACAUUUUAAGAGAUAAACCGAAGAAAAGGAAGGGAAGGAAAUCAACUGCAAGCUCAGAUGAUAUGGAAGUCGAUUCACAAAUCCAAGCUAUACCGGAAGUAGUGUUCCAGAGAUGCGGAAUGGAUUCCAGACAAUUCCAGGAACUGGAUCCCGGAUUCCUGGAGAAUUGGAAUGAUCACAUCCAGAGUCUGGUGGAAGACGAGAGAAUUGUGGAUGCCUUGGAGAAGUUUUGUUAUUACGUCGUCAAUGAGCAGAUUUUCAGAAAUGUAUUAUACCAAAUAGUGGCCAAACUAUCAGCAAACAAACCCUACAUAGAUCCCACAGACAUAACAUCGACCAUAGACAACACGGUCGCGCCAGAGCAUAGAGUAAAACUUCUACAAUCGUUGUCUAUACUCGAAUUGUCUCUGGUCAUAGCGAUGAUGCACGGCUUGGAGAUAUUUGAUGGUGAACCGAUGAAUUUUGAAAUGGUGUUACAUAGAUACACAAAAUUUGCGAACGAAAACUCAUCAACCCAAACCGUGCCCAGACCAGUGAUACUAAAAGCAUUUGAACAUCUGCAAUCAUUGGAAAUUAUAAUGCCCAUUCGGUCUACUGAUUCUGUAAACACAGAUACUACAACGAGUAGAGUCCAAAAGGAAUAUAAAUUGUAUACUUUGGCCGUACCCGUUGAUGACAUUAAGGAAGCUGUGAAAGGGUUUAAGGCUUUACCAACUGAAAUUAACCAUUGGGCCAAUAAUUCUGUUGUUUAAUAAAGAUUUUUUGUAAAAAUGUGUAUCAUUGCA